AUGGGAAACAGGGAGAUGGUCUUAUACAGUCUUUCACUAUGGACUUUCACAGUUGCAUAGUCAAACAUUUACGCAAGGAUUGAACAACAGGGAAAUAAAAGCAUAAAACCACACCCAUGUACCUAACAUUGAUGGAGCUUGAAGAAAUCCGCAAAUGUGGGAUGAAAAACUUCCGUAAUAUCCAGGUUGAUGAAGCUAAUUUAUUGACUUGGCAAGGGCUUAUUGUUCCUGACAAUCCUCCAUAUGAUAAGGGAGCCUUCAGAAUUGAAAUCAACUUUCCAGCAGAGUAUCCAUUCAAACCUCCUAAGAUUACAUUUAAAACAAAGAUCUAUCACCCGAACAUUGAUGAAAAGGGGCAGGUUUGUCUGCCAGUAAUUAGUGCUGAAAACUGGAAGCCAGCAACCAAAACUGACCAAGUAAUCCAGUCCCUCAUAGCACUGGUGAAUGACCCACAGCCCGAGCAUCCUCUUCGGGCUGACCUAGCUGAAGAAUACUCUAAGGACCGUAAAAAAUUCUGUAAGAAUGCUGAAGAGUUUACAAAGAAAUAUGGUGAGAAGCGACCAGUGGACUAAAAUCUGACAGUUGAUGUCAGCAACGUAUGAUAGAAGAUCCAGAGCAGUGCAUUUCAGACCCUGUAAAGCAGGACUCUAUGGAAAAUUGACAAGUGCCACCUUUCGGUGUUAACUUGUGGCUGUUACUAACUUUCUACAGUUUUCUUAAUCAAAAGUGGUGUAGGUAACCUGUAAAGAAAGGAUUAAAAAUUUAAGAUGUUCUAGUUCUGCUUUCUUUGUUUAAAAAUCACUGCUUCAAUAUACUUUAAAGUAUGCUGUUUCUUUUCCUUGUCAGAAUUUAUCAAAAAUAUCUUAGACUUAUAUCCUGCCCUUAAGGUUGUGGCUGUCGUCUCUUACUUUUCCUUGCAGUUCCCAUUAUCUUGAGUUCAUUUACUUCUUCAUUUGGUUUUCUUUCCCAACACUGAUGUCUUAGAAAAAAUCCCUGUCCUGGCAGAAAAUGGUUGAAUGUUUGGCAGUUCUGUUUACUUUUCUGUUUAAAUGUUGCACUGUGCUUUGUGGAACUUGGUUGCAAGUUCCCCUUAACUUCAGUUUGUAACAUAAUAAACACAACACAAACCAGCCCCCAGAAAACAAUCAAAACUAUAGCCCAGGUAUUAUGUAAAUCUGGCUGAUGUUACCACAAUAAUGUCUAUUAAACGGGGAAACCCAAGUUUUUGUGUGCGUGAUUGAAUUAAAAUAUGGCUUAUGUCCUGCUUUUGGAAAACUUUGACAAAGAAAGUACCUGUAGCAAACGAAUAGUGGAAUGUGAUUAUGAAGUUCUUUCACUUUUCUUCUUAAUAUCUAUGCAGACUAGCUAGGAAAAAAACAAUUGCACAGAACAACAUUGCAACCAGUUUAGAAGAGUUUCAGAACUUGGGGACCAAGAGGUACCAAAUAAACUGUUUUUGAGUUAAAAAUAAAUACUUUUUGGAAUUGUUAAUUUUGAAAUUAAAAGUUAAAUCUGACACCAUUGCUAGUCAUUUGAGUACAUUUUUCCAUCAAAAUGUAUUAAGAACAUAAGUGCCAUAUUGGGUCAGACCAAUGGUCCAUCUAGCCCUGUAUCCUGUCUCCUGUAGCAGGAGUGGAUGCUUUAGAGGGAGAGGAUAUGAACAGGGUAUAUCUGGAGUGAUCUGUCCUCUGUCAUACCCUCCUUGACAUCCACCAUCAUUGGCUUAGAGAUGCCACAGGAUACAUCUCUGAACCAUUUGUAUUUUAUAGAAUGACAUCCCCUCCCCCAAUUACUGUAUGAUUCUUUUUAUUAAAAAUGGUAUGAGAAUAGCAUUAAGCAAUAAACUGUAAUAAGCAGAAUACAUUUCACUAGUACUGUCCAUGAAUAUCUGUAAGAAAUAAUAUACCACACUUGAGUUAGAUGAUUUAAUGAGUAUUUAAAAUAUCCCAUCAUCCUAAUUUAUUUGGACAAAAAUACUUUUCUUUUGAAGGCAUGGAACCUUUCCCAGUGCAAAAGGCAGCUCUUGCUGUUCAGGACUGUUCUUAAUACUAUUUCCAAUUGUUUUUCUUUUAACUGCCUUUUCCCCCUAGAUCUAAAAUGUGAUCGUAGCUGUACAGUCAAACUGCCAUACAAUCAAACUGCCUUCUCUUCCCAACCAUGAGAAUUGUUCUGUUGUUGAACAAGCAGAUUUAUCUGCAGAAAUCCUUAGGCACUUAGGAGUACAUACCAUUUUGAUGUGCAGGAAGUUGCAUUAGUAAAUCCUUUCACACCUGGAUAGUUGGUACUCCUACAAUCAGCAGUAGUAUAGCCUCUGCCUUUGCAACGUUUCAGGGCGCGUGUGUGUUAAGGGAGCAGUUUUGUUUCUUGUAUAUUUCCUUUUCUUCUACCCACCCUAUUUUGCUCUGCUUUAAGGUUUAGCAUAAAGAAUGACAGCCCAGGGCCUCUGAUAAACUUUUUUUUUAUAAGUUAGGGAGCUACGUUUAAGUGUUCUUAGACAGAUUCUUUGGCAGGUAAAUAAAGUUAAACCAUGUUCACCUUAUUUACAGAAACUUGCAUUUCCUGAGUGUUUUCAGGCUUGGUGAGAGCACUAUUACCAAAUUUUUCACAUCUUUGUGUCUUCAUUUGCAGAUAGUUGCUACUGAUUUUGUUUCAUUCACGCUCACUCACAUUCAUAAUAAAAAAAUUGCCAAAUUAUCUGUCAAACUGAAGUGUGUGUAACUUCUGCAUCAGAUACCUAAAUGAGCCACUGUUCUGUUUCUCCUAUUGAACACAUCUGUUGGCAUGGAAAAUUGCCAUUCCCUAACUUUUCCUUUUAUAUUUAUAAAAACUAUAGCACUUGUUUGUCACCCUUGUUUGUACAUGGUAGUGAAUAUACCUUCUGAUUGUAAACCUCUCAGGUUAAAUGCUGCAUUUAUGUGAAUCAGUGCCACUUAGAUAUCACUGAAAGGGAACUGAGGAGUUUGGGGAAUUCCAGGAGCUGCAGUUCAAAGUUACAUCAGCCUACAGCAAUGUCAUGCCAUUCAUUUUAAUCUAAUGUCUAGGGGUCAAGUGGAAGAAAAAUAUCAACCUCAAUUCUCUUCUUGCUAUCUUCAUAGUCCAGUGUCUAAACUGUAAGAUGUGUGACACUAAUGGUAGCUUUUACUUAUAGAUGACCCUCUUCAGAAAAGAUGCAGACCAAAUACCAAUGUACUGUAUGGGAAGUAUGAAUAGAAAAAUGAAAAGUACUAGGACUUUCCUGUGUUAACUCAGGAAUUCAAACUGUUGUUCUGUCUGGUUCCCAAAGCCAAGUUGCAUUCUAAACGUGCAGUUUAAGACCCAAAAUUACAACAUGCUAGUGAAGCUAUUUGCCCAAGAGUAUUGGUACAGGCUUUCUGCAAUUCCAUUCUGCUACCCUUAAUAAAAAUGCUCUCAAAGGC